CACAUUUUCUAUGAGAUGUGGCGAUUAUAAAUCCGGAUCCUGUCCCCUCAUUAACCAAGACCCUUCCUUUUCACCCUUUAUGAUUGAUUGUUCAAUCUUUUCAUUAGAAGGUGCUUCUGGGCUGAAAGAAAAAUAUCAGCUUUUGUAGUUCAGACCAUAGUUGCUUCAUAUAAUUUCUUGUGCUGCAAGUAGCAAGAUGGCUGGAAGUGUUGAUGUUUUAGCUCCUGAUUCCAGCAUUAAUGGAACAACGAAAUCUUUGUCUGAGGUUUUCAAUUCCAAGGCUUUUAUAUCAGAUCAUGUGCCACUCGUAGCAGGAGAGAAUGGCAUUGGCAAGGGAGAGGCUCAGAAUGGUACAGAAAAUGGGGAGAGAAAAAUUGUACUGGGAAAAAAUAUUCAUACCAUGUGCCUUGAAAUUUCGGAGCCUGAUAUAGAUGAUGAGGUUACUGGUGAAAGGGAAGCUUAUAUGGCAAGUGUGUUGGCUAAAUACAAAAAAUCUCUGACUGAAAGGACCAAAUAUCAUUUAGGUUACCCCUAUAAUUUGGAUUUUGACUAUGAGGCACUCUCUCAACUUCAGCACUUUUCCAUCAACAACUUGGGAGAUCCAUUUAUUGAAAGCAAUUAUGGUGUCCACUCCAGGCAGUUUGAGGUUGGUGUUUUGGACUGGUUUGCACGGUUGUGGGAAUUGGAGAAAGAUGAGUACUGGGGCUAUAUAACAAACUGUGGCACAGAGGGCAAUCUCCAUGGAAUCCUUGUUGGGAGAGAGGUUUUCCCAGAUGGGAUUUUAUAUGCCUCACAGGAGUCACAUUAUUCUGUUUUCAAAGCUGCUCGUAUGUACAGAAUGGAAUGUGUGAAGAUUGACACUCUUUGUUCUGGUGAGAUUGAUUGUGAUGAUUUCAAGGCCAAGCUUCUUUGUCACAAGGACAAGCCAGCAAUUGUGAAUGUGAACAUAGGUACAACUGUGAAAGGAGCUGUGGAUGACCUUGAUCUGGUUAUAAAGAAACUUGAAGAAGCAGGAUUUUCACAUGACAGGUUCUACAUUCAUUGUGAUGGAGCUCUGUUUGGUCUCAUGUUACCUUUUGUGAAACGUGCUCCAAAAGUUUCAUUCAAGAAGCCUAUAGGGAGUGUGAGCGUUUCUGGGCACAAGUUCGUGGGGUGCCCAAUGCCCUGUGGCGUGCAGAUAACGCGAUCGGAGCAUGUGAAGGCUCUUUCGAGGAACGUGGAGUAUCUUUCUUCGAGGGACGCGACGAUCAUGGGAAGCAGGAACGGGCACGCGCCGAUAUUCCUCUGGUACAAUCUAAACAUGAAAGGGUACAGAGGGUUUCAGAAAGAGGUGCAGAAGUGUUUGCGCAAUGCACACUACUUCAAAGGUAGGCUUGUGGAUGCAGGCAUUGGAGCAAUGCUGAACGAGCUGAGCAGCACCGUUGUGUUCGAGAGACCGCACGAUGAGGAGUUCGUGCACAGGUGGCAGUUGGCAUGCGAAGGAAACAUUGCUCAUGUGGUGGUGAUGCCGAAUGUCACCAUAGAGAAGCUUGAUGAUUUUCUGAAUGAACUGGUGCAGAAGCGUGAAGAGUGGUUCCGAGAUGGCAAGUGCCAACCUUAUUGCAUAGCUUCUGCUGUGGGACACAAAAAUUGCCUCUGUGCUAUCCAUAGGUGA